AUGGCCGGCUCCUCCUCCGACACCUCAGGCGGCAUGAGCGGCGCGCUCGUCGCGACGAUCGUCCUCACGGUGCUGGCGGCCGUGGCGGGCGGGAUCUACAUGUCGGGGGCGGCGGACGACGUGGUCAAGUUUGUGAUGGAGAAGUAUUUCAAGGCGGAGGCGAAGGCGGAGGAGAAGAUGUUGGAGAAGAGUGGGGAGACGGCGGCGGAGGGGUUCUUGAAGGAUCGGCUGAAGAAGAACCCCGUCGUCUCCAACGAUGAGCUCAACCAGGUUUCCGGCGGCCUGGGCGACGAGGCGGCCAAGGAGUUUGGGAAGGAUUUCGGCAAGGGCGGGCUCGGGCAGGGUAUCGGGAAGGCUUUUGAUUAG